AUGCGUCGGAAAAAAACGCCGCAAGGAACUUUUUACCAAGGAGUGAACACCUUGCCACCAUCCUGUCUACAAAAUAAUACCAAACGAACCUUAUCCGAAAGCUUUUCAGAAGAAAGUGUCAACAAAAGAAAUCGUGUAGAAGGGCCGGUGAAAGACUUGGAGGAAUGCUUCUUUAAUUCGAUGAGAGACCGCGUAGAAGAACUUGUCAAGCAAACUAAAACUCAAGAUAAAACAAAAGAACUGAAAAACAAGCUCCUAAAUGUAAAAACUCUACUGGCAGCAAUAAUAACGAACGCAGCACAACUUGCCAAGUGUGACAGAAAAAAUGGAAGAAGUUCGUAUCUCAAAACCAACAAGAUAGCUGAGGCUGCCGUAGGUUCGGUCGUAAAAGACACAGCUAAAGGAUACUCUUCUGCCACUCCAACAAAUAAACAGCCGUAUGAAGAAAUGAGAACGUGCACGGUCCAGAUGAACAGCCUCUUCAGAUCGGAUCUCUCUCCUAUUGUAAAGACAUUCGUGUGUAUUAGAUUACAAGAUACGAUGGUUAGAGCAUCUUCAGCAGAAGAUAAAGAAAAGGGACUGUCUUUUAUAUUUAAAGUGAAUUUAAUCGAACUGCUGGGAGGACAAACUUUAGCUAAAUCUUUAAAUUUAAUAUGCUCUGAAGAUGCUCUACGCCAAAUGCUGAAUGAUAGAAAGGAAGCUUCUGUGGAACACAGGCUCGUUGUUCAGGAUUUGAACAUCGUGGAAGAACAGCAAGAUUUUCUGGAAGAGGAGGGGACUUUGGAUGAUGAUGUUCCGGAAAGGAGGUUGAAUCAACCCAAGUCCAUAAUCAAACACUUGGUCUUCAGCAAUGAUACGCCUGUAUAUUUAGAAGAUUUCUUGCCUCCGAAAAAGCAAUAUCAUGUAAUUGCGUAUCAGAUGUAUUUCUGUAUCUUUGCAAACGACGUUCUUAAAUAUGCACUUUAUACAAAGUUUACUCGCGCAUUAUGUCCUUCAAGAUCAUUCUCGUCAUCAAGUGCACUACACCUGGAUUCAGUUGCAUUAUAUCAGCUAUUGACCCAGAAUAUCGAUCAAGAAAAGUCGGAAGAACCAUCAUUACAUACCAACCAGCAAGAAAAGAAAGGGUAUAGUAGAAUGAUACUCUAUGGGUAUAAUAGGGAUGAGCUGAUAGGGUCUCAAGAAAAAGUGCGCCAAAACAAAGAUGCCAUAUUUAACGCAGUAUUUGAUAUUGGAGAGAUUCAGAAAGCAUGUGAAUCGUAUGGUCUAUCUUUUGCACAUCGGAUAACAUGUCUGCCAGGAAUGAAGACAGUACGAUUAUUGGGAUCGAGAAUAAAAACCCACGGGAGCGUAACAGAGGAGACAGAUCAGUCAUAUGAAGCACGGAUCUUAAGAAACCCAAACGUUAUACAAGAAGGACAAAAAACAAAGGAUGUUCUUUUUUCUGAGCUUCAAAGCUUAACAGAAGUCAAGGCACUUGAAUCUGUCUGUAAAAUAGAGCUAGAUCUUCUGAAAGACAGUAACUUCCAAAGGAAAAUCAAGGAAUGUAAAUCAAAUUGGGGGACAACAGAUGACAAGGAUCAGUUAUACCGGACGAUUGAAAAAUAUAAAGAAUCGAGAUAUAAAUCUUAUUUGACGGUUAACAAGAUCAGAAACGAACUCGCCGAAAAAAGACAACAGCUAUAUUUCCGACAGAUGAAAAUUCGUUUCAAAUCAAAGCUCUAUAAUGUUAAAGAUGUCCCUCAAGAUAGCAGAGGUCAAAUUGAGAAAUGUGGUAAAGGUGUGACCAAGGUGGAGGACCGAACUGUUGUGAAUCCUGGUGACUUUAACUAUGCGGGUACUGACAAUGGCCUGGUGAAUAUGCCAACAUCAAUACCGAUGUCGUUACAAAGAAUGAGAUUUCACCUAAAGCUUUUCAACUAUUACACCGCGUUAAGCAAGGACUCAAAUGAAGACAAACGAAAGAAGUAUACGGAUGAAGGGGAAAAGGUCCAGUUAAUAGAAGAUUCGAUGAGAGAAUUGGAGUCGGCCCCUGUUGCUUCUAAUGACAUGGCCAUCGGAAAAUUUCGUGCUAAAUACGAUCAACGACAAAGCCUGCGGGAUUUCUACAAUUCUCCAAAAAUCAUCAACAAAAAAAGACAUGUAGAAAUCCAACAGUAUCGUUAUCGGCAUCUCCUCUGUCGGCGAGAGAGAUUGGAAUUGAAGCAUUCAGAGAGGACCGGUGCCGGUUCUCGAGUCAAAGGCUUUGGAAAGUAUGGUGGUAAGUGGAAGCAGAAUAUACAUGGGGAAGCAGUUAAUGUCUGCAUCACAAAUGAGUGCAAGACCUCCCGAACGUGUAUAUUCUGCUUUUCGCCUUUAACCAAUCCGAGGAUUCCUGGCAAAAAGAAAAGAAGUUACAAAGUCAACAAAGGAACCUUCCUUUGUAUCAAUCCUCGGUGCAUAACUGUCAACAAUCGAUGUGCAAGUAAGCCGAGAGAUGGACUUUCAGCUCUCGCCAUUGCGCUGGUAGGCCUAAGCUCAGUUAUAUUUGGUGCCGCGCCACCUCCUUUUUACAACGUCAGCCAAAUAACUGCUGAACAUUAUACAAAAAUAACAUCUGACUUCUGUACACGAAGAGACGAUUUUGCAGCUACAUUGUAG